AAGGCUGGAGAGGUCUGCUGGAGGAAGUGGAGAUGGAGGUAGACAGGAUCUCCUCCAGGAACCUGGGCAGGGAUGACAGGAUCAUCUCCGACCACGGGAAGGAAUCCCGCUUCCCGUUUCUUGAUGAAGAUGUGGUCUCCUUCCUCAGUUCUGUUCCCAUUCAGUACAAGGCAAACCUAACCCUACCCAGAGGAAUCGGGGAGAAGCUGUUGUUGCGAGUUGCAGUGAGAGAACUUGGGUUGAGCUCUGCUGCUGUGUUACCAAAAAGAGCCAUUCAGUUUGGCUCCAGGAUAGCCAAGAUGGAGAACUCUGCAGAGAAGGCUUCAGACAGAUGCAACAGACUGACAACAGAGUAACAUACAGACCUGGACAUC